CAGUGCGGUUUUGGAGUUCGUUGCGUUCGGUCGCGAGAUCCCAGUGGCUCAGUGGAACCCCCAGCAAAAAAACAGAUCCCUGGAUCAAAACCAAAUACCAAUUCGAUUCGCGAGUGAAGAUCUCUAUAUAUCUUAUGUGUGUGUGAUUGCCAGGAUAAGCACUUCCUGACGGAAUAAAAAAUAAAAUCAGGGCCUCAGGCCAAAACAACCACACUGUCAUAAAAAAAAAAUAAUAUAACACCCAGAAACACACACACUAGCAACCGUUAGCCAUGUUGGCAAUGAAGGAUAAACCUUGGCUGCUGCUAUUUGGCCUAUUGGCCGCAUUAAGCUGCCUAGCCAGCUUUGCAGAUGCUGCUUACCCGUAUUAUGGCACCAAGAUCGGAGCCCUGACCCGCCUGCAUCACGGCGUCUCCGGCGAUGUGUACGCCGUGGAUUCGCGCACCAUCUUCAUCAAGAAGUUCAACUACGACGGCGAGGCGCCAGCGGCCUACUUCUAUGUGGGCAACACGGCGCGGCCCAGCAACGAGGGGGCCGCCCGGCUAAGGGACGAGAGGGGCGGCACUGCCUCCCUCACUCGCCGUUACCGCAACAAGGACGUCACCCUGUCGCUGCCCGAGGGCAAGACGCUACGCGACAUCAAGUGGUUCUCGGUGUGGUGCGAUGAGUUCGCAGUCAACUUCGGCGACGUCUCCAUUCCGGCCAACUUGGACUUCCCGCGGCCGCAAAAGAUCAACGCCCUGAGGGGCGUCCAUGGCGUCUCCUCCGACAACAUUGUCAUCGUGGACGCCCAGACGCUGUUGGUGCCCAAUUUCAGCUACGACGGCGAAGCGCCAGAUGCCAAAUUCUGGGUGGGUCGUGGCCAGCGUCCCACUUCCGAGGGCCUGAGGAUUCCGGACGAGAACGGCAAGGAGAAUCCGCUGCGUCGCUACGAGCGCAAGACCAUUGUGCUGACCCUGCCCGAGGAUCUGACCAUCUUCGAUAUCGGCCACUUUGGCGUUUGGUGCGAGGCCUUCACCGUCGAUUUCGGCCAUGUGCGCCUGCCCGAGGGCCUUAAUGUGCCGCCCUCGCUGAAGAUGCUCGGAAUCAGUCCACAGUCGAAGCUCAACUGCGAGGUGCUCUACGACGAUCUGGCAUUCGAGGUUCGCUGGGCGGUGGCCGGCGAGAGCAUCGUGGUCCAGUUGGUGGCCAAAUUGGAACCGAACCACUACAUGUCCUUUGGAAUCUCGCCGAGCAAGAACAUCAGCCAGAUGAUCGGCGCAGAUGCAGUGGUCGCCUGGGUGGAUCCCCAAACCGGAAACGGAUUCGCCACGGACUAUUUCCUGGAGGGCAAGGCCCAGUGCUCCGGUGGACGUGGCGCCUGUCCUGACACCAAGAUCCAAGAGAAGACCAACUCCAUUCGCCUGCUGAAUGCCGCCAUGGUGAAUGGCUAUUCGAUUGUGACCUACCAAAGAUCUCUGGCUGCCACCGAUCGUCUGGAUCUGCCCAUCUCGAUAACGGAAGCGGAAUCGGUUGUCUGGGCAAUUGGACCACUGAACGACUAUCGCGAGGUCUCCUUCCACACGUUCUACAAUAAGCACCUGCACAACAUCGAGUUCGGUCGCCAGCCCAAGUGGAAUUGUCCCCUGCCCGAGGGCGCUCGUCCUGGCAGCAACUCCUCCGAGCAGGAGGAUUCUGCUCCUGCUGCCCAAAGUUCAACCGGCGGAGCUGGUUACCCGCCAGCCGGAAGGCCCAAUGUUGAGCCCGAAGAGGAGUUCUAUGAGAAUCGGGCGGAGGCACUACAUCGCCAGCCGCCGCAGAGGCGCCAGGAAACGGCCAUCAUCACCCAGCGACGUCCAGUGCCCACUCCAAAGCCGGUCAAUAGCAAUGGUGCUUGGGACAUCCCGGCCAUCCAGUGCCACGAACCGGAGGACGGAGUGUUCUACGCCCAAAUGGGUCCCACGGGAGGAAAGCACGGAUAUCCCGCCAUUACAGGCCACGUUGGCUGGGGAAUUUCUUGGUACAUCAACGGACUUCUGAUUCCCGAGAUCCAUGUGGUGCGCGGCAGGACCUACACCUUUGUGGUGGAGGGCGGCAACAACCCGGACAUUCCGGCCAAGUACCAUCCGUUCUACAUCAGUGACGAUCCUGUGGGAGGAUACGAGCACAAACGCGAGGAAGAGAAGAAGGCCGUUCGCAUCUACGCCGGAGUGCAUCGCUCCCGUUCCGGCCAGGUCACGCCCACUGGGGUGGGCCGCCUCUGCAACUGGACGCCGGACGUGGAGGGACCUCCGGCGGACGACUACCAGUCAUUCGGAGCCUACCAGCGCACCCUGACCCUCAAGUGCGACGCCGGGGAACCGGGCGUCAUCAGCUGGAAGCCGGACAGGAGUACGCCGGACACGGUGUACUACCACUGCUUCACCCACCGCUAUUUGGGAUGGAAGAUCCACGUGCACGAUGCCUGCGACUCGGAGGCGGGCGGCUUAAAGGGAUCCGCCUCCGAACGCCACGAAAUCCGCCUGCCAGCGGCUGCCGAGGCAACAUCCGCGGAACCUGCUCCCGUGCACGAGGACUACGCCGGCGAGGCGUCCGUGAGGCACGAAACCAAGGUCAGCGCCAACGAUAAUUUUUUAUUGAAGCACCAAACCGAUUUGAUUAAGAACCACAAUAUGAACGGAACACCGCCCAAACUGAGUUUUGAAAUAACGAAAUCUUCGGAAAUAACCAAACUGAUUUCAGAUGGCAUCCGCGCUGCUGAGGCUCUCGAGGAGAGCUUAAAGAGGAACCCCAAUCUGAAUCCGAACCUGAACCUGAACCCCAAUCAACAACCCAACCAGUACCCGAAAGCGAACGUGACCCCCGAGAUUCUGCUGGGCGAGACCCACGCCCACAAGCCGAAUGCAUCUCCAUCCGCAUCCGCAUCAGCAUCCGCAUUCCCAUCCCCAUCUGCAUCUCCAUCCCCCGCCACGCUGAAGCUACCGAUCUUCGCUAGCGGUCCCCAUCUCAUCCACCAUCCCCCGCACCCCCUGCAUCGUCUGCACCACCAUCCGCAGCAUGCCCCCCACUCGCAUCCGCAUCCGCAUCUCCAUUUGCAUCAUCACAAUCUAACCGCUAAUCUUCCAGCGCUUGCCCAGAAAACCAUUGGACUCUCUGAGUUUCUGCGUCCGCCGCAGAACGCACCGCUCUUCCAUCCGGUCAAGCUGCCCGGCCGACGACCCUUUCCCGCUCCCAUCAAGAAGGUUCCGGCCUCGCGACCCGUGCUUCCGCAGCAACAUCCGCACCUGCAUCCGCAGCAUCCCGUCCUGCUGCAACAGCAACCCUCGCUGAUUGUGAGCCACUACAGGAAGCCGGUGCCGGGUCUGCUGAAACCCUUUGUCAAGGAGAAACCCUUUCCGCUGCAACCGCUGGCCGCUUCUGUUUUGCUCCUGGGACAACCCACUGAACUGGGCGGCGGACUGGGUGGGCUGACCGCCAAGGGGGAGAGACUCAAGGUCAAGGGUAAACCCAAAAUUCCAGUGCCCUAUGUUGACCUCGAACCGCAGGGCUCUCUGCAGAACACUGCUUUCUUCAAUCAACCGGGCGGAAAGGGGGAUCCCAAGCCCAUAGCACCCAGUUCAAGUUCCAGUUCCAUGAGCAGCUCAACCACGACCACGCCGCUGGUCAAACGUCCUGCGGUGAAGGAACCCUCUCAAGAAGAAAUCGCCAGCAUGCGACCUGCCGUCAAUCAGGGCUUCAAGCCAGACACCGUGAUUGUGGAGAGCGGUUUUCGACCCAUCAUGCGAACCGAUGGAACGGGCGUGCAAUUGCCCAAGGAGAUCAUCGAACAGGUGGCCAAUCGUCGCGAGGAUCCUGGCACCGAAAUCGAUGAGGUGAUGGAAACGGAUACGCUAUUCCUGACCGCCCAGCAGGGCGGCAGUGAAACCCAAAGCUUUGAGCCCAUGUUCAUACCAUCUCCGUUGGACAGCACCAAUGCUUCGAAGAUUUUAAGGGUGAAUGUGAAGGAGGUUAGUCCAACGGCUUCGGCUUUGAGAUUACCAUCGGCAGCCCUGGAGCACGCGCUGCCCUCCGCCUCGGAGUUGAGAAAACCGACCUUGGACGAGCUCUUUGGCGAGGAGUUGAACGAGGAGGAGCUGGAACUAGAGUCACUGCCGCAGGGGGAUGAUGAGGAGGAGACCACUAAGAAUUCAGCCACUGCAACUACAAAAGAGAUCCCGAGCACGACCACCAAGAAACCCAAGGAAACCGAACUGCUGGAAGAUCUCUUUGGACCCGAUGAAGAGGAUAUAUAUGCCGAUGAGCUGGAACUGGAAAUGGAUGACCGAGUGGCAGCUGCUGCCGAGCGGAUUGACACCUACUACCUGCCACCGGACAACAGGAAGGUUCCGCAUGCCAGCCUGCCGAGUGGAGCCCUCUACACCUUCGAUGGCAAGUCGGUGGUGGACAGCAGCCUGGUGCUGCCACCCAAACUGGAUGCUGCGGGCAAUGGUGGUGGAGUCCAGCAGCGACAUGCCCAGUAUGGACUGACACCCUUGGAGCAGCUGGUCCGAACCACUCCGCAAUUCGGGAUCUUUAGGGGAGAGCUACCACAGGAGUUCCGGGGCACAGAGCCCCAACCCGUUUCGGAGUAUUCCCAUCCAGCGCCCUUUAGUCGAACCACCGGCAGCACAACUCCGGCAUUUUCCAGCAGCAGUGGCAGCACCAUCUAUCCGUACUCCUCAUCGCCAGGCACAUCCACAUCGGCAUCCUUCUCGCCAUCGUCAUCGUCCUCAUCGCCAUUGUCCUCAUCAUCGCUGAGACCCAUUUCCACCAAGUUGCAGCUUCUGAGGCCGGAGGGCCGAAGGGCGUAGGACCGGCAGUAGCGAAAUUAUAAGCUAGAACUAGCAUUUAACCGUUCUGGGAUGUACUCUCUCAUAACCACGUUACAUUUACUCGUACACCUGUAUUAGCCCGUAGUUUUCUUUUAACAAUUAUGAUGCUCUUAAUUUUAAACGAACGCAUGAAUUUUAUUAGCUAAGCUAACCGAUUGUGUGUAAGCCGCAUUUUAGUCGUUGUGAAAUAAAACCAAGAAUUAAUCUGAAUA